GGGGGAGAAGGGUUCGCGAGCGCGGGGGGAUCCGUAACAUUCUCUACGCACCCCCCAAUCAGCCAAUGAACGCAAGAGUGCAACAUGUGAUGCCCAAAGAGAAUCAUGAACUGCAUGGGCAUUGUGCUGUCCUAUCCUGUGACUUGAAAGCUGGUCGAAG